GAGGCAUAUGGAGGAUGGUCUAAUCGCAGGCUCCUCGAUGGCAGUUGAUUACUUGACCUAAUCCUUCCAACGAGCGCUCCUCUAAUUGGGCAAUGACGAUGAAAUCCAUCACCGAAGGAGAACUUAAUCCGCUUCAGGAAUGCUUCCGAGGGUGCUUUAGAUAUCGCAAUGCUUCUCUUGCUUUGGCGCCGGAGCAGCUUGGAUGGCCCGUUAUUCUACGGGAAACCGCUCUCUCUGUGCGUCGCUGGUGUAGAGAUAGCGGGUGGAUCUGCUUGGUGAUGGAGAUAAGAGGCUGUUUUGCAGAAGGUUUUGAGCAGGAUUAUUCUCCAACCUUGCCGAACAGUUUUUUCCGUUAAAUCAUACGAUCCCUGCUAUUUUCAUCGAAUGUCUAUGGAGCAGCUUGGAUGGCCUUUUGAAUCUUUGGGCAACCGUUGCAUUCCAUGGUUCCGUGGUAUAGAAAUGUUGGGUGGUUCUGCUUGCACAUUGAACAAAGGAUGAAUUAAAUCUUGUUGGAAGAUGGAUUUAUGCGAUUUAGAAAAGCUGAGGCCUGUGAAAGCAGCUGGGAAGCAGGGGAGGAAUGGCGAGGGUUACCUUUCUCAAUGGUUUCGGGUGGGAGCAAAGUGGAAAGAGAAAAAUGGGAGUUUCAUAGAUGGAAUGGCUUGGAUGGCCCAUUUGUUUGCAGGCGACCUCUGCAUAUAUGUCAUGGUGACUGAAAAAUGGUCGUAUCAUCUACCAGAUGGGAUGGAACAAAGAUUUGGAUUCUUCUCAUGCAAUGGCAUUGGAGCAGCAGCUUGGAUGGUCCAUGCCUAUGAGGAUAAUUGUUGCUUCCAUGAUGUUUUAAAUGAAUAUUUGUCUUUGAGCCAAUUCUAUGGAUUUGGAGGACAAUUCUCCCAUAUUGAGUUUAAAGGAAGAAGAGUUCCUAUACUGGUGCAGGAGCAAGGCAUUGGGAGAGGAGAUCAGCCUAUUAUACUUGCAGCUAAUUUGAUUCACAAUUUUGGGGAGCCUUUCUUCUUGGUUAUCCAUGACGGCGAGACGCUGGCUGAGAUAAAUUUUGCAUUCAGAAGAAAUUGCAGGUUCGUAAAGGGGAUUCUCAAAGGAGCCGGUGAAAUGUUCUGCUUGAUUUCAGGUUAUCGGAAGAAUUUUUUGCGGCGGAUCCUCCGUUUCCGAACCUCCCCCAUCAUCAUUAGAUCGUCAAUCAUAAAGAUCGAAGGAUUAAUUCAAAGUCAUUGUUUAAAUUUAAUUCAUUAUUUUAUUUUAUUUUUUUAGAUUUAUAUAAAGCAUACAAUGUGCAUUAAUUGUAAAUUUUAUUGAAAUGUUCAAUACAAUUGUUUUGAUCUUAAUCUACUAGAACUAUAUGAAAGUAUGGCACUAAAUAGGACUCAAUUGAGAAAAAGGAUUCAUGGAACCG